AUGCUGCUCCAGCGGGUCCUCAGGUGUCCCCAGCUGGGAAUCCCCAGGGAACCCCUGCUUGGGGAGCCAGAGAAGCUCUGGGCCAGUGGGACGGGGUUUGUAACUGGUUCCACUCCCCAUCUGUGGUGCCUCGUGCCCGGGUGUCUCGGGAACCAGCUGGAAGCGAAGCUGGACAAGCCAGACGUGGUGAACUGGAUGUGCUACCGCAAAACGGAGGAUUAUUUCACCAUCUGGCUCAACCUCAACACCUUCCUGCCCGUGGGAGUCGACUGCUGGAUCGACAACACCAGGGUGGUGUACAACCGAACCUCUCGGAAAAUGUCCAACGCCCCAGGGGUGCACAUCCGUGUGCCUGGCUUCGGCAAGACCUAUUCCGUGGAAUACCUGGAUCAGAGCAAGCUGGCAGGUUACCUGCACACCCUGGUGCAGAACCUGGUGAACAACGGCUACGUGAGGGACCAGACGGUUCGGGCAGCCCCCUACGACUGGAGGGUUGGGCCCCAGGAACAGCCCGAAUAUUUUGAGAACCUGAAGGCACUGAUCGAGGAGAUGCAUGACGAGUACCAGCGACGCGUCUUCCUCAUCGCGCACAGCAUGGGCAACCUCAACGUCCUCUACUUCUUGCUACAGCAGACACAAGCCUGGAAGGAUCAGUACAUUGAGGGCUUCAUCUCCCUGGGUGCCCCUUGGGGAGGGUCCGUCAAGCCCUUGCGUGUCCUGGCGUCCGGUGACAAUCAGGGCAUUCCACUCAUGUCCAACAUCAAGCUGCGUGAAGAGCAGCGCAUGACCACCACCAGCCCCUGGAUGUUCCCAACGAGCCUGGCCUGGCCCGAGACCCACGUUUUCAUUUCCACGCCUUCCUACAACUACACCUACCGGGACUACCAACGCUUCUUCACCGACGUCAACUUGGAGGACGGCUGGUACAUGUGGGAGGACAUGAAGGACUUGCUGAAGGACUUACCUCCUCCUGGGGUGGACACCUAUUGCCUCUAUGGCACAGGCUACCCCACCGUGGAGACGUACAUAUACGACGAGCAUUUCCCUUACGAGGACCCCGUGGACAUGAUUUACGGCGACGGGGACGACACCGUCAACACCCGCAGUUCGGAGCUGUGCAAGCGAUGGCGCAACCAGCAAAAGCAGAAGGUGCACGUCGAGGAGCUGAGAGGCGUUGACCACCUUAACAUGGUCUUCAGCAACCUGACGCUCAGCUCCAUCAACGAAAUCCUGCUGGGGAGCCCACGGGAGCACGGGGAGCCGGAGCAGCUGAGAUCCAACCCAGAGGCAGGGAAGGGAGGGAAGAUCCUACCUGGAUGGAAGGUCCUUAAGGAGCCCAAGAAGAACUGA